AAGAGAGUAACGCACAUCGGUAGUAGUUUGCGUAUCUAUACACAGCGAAGCUCGAACAUCGGGCGCGCGUUCAAAAACCCCUCCCCUUUGGGGGAUAACGUUGUGCCGUCGGCAGUUUCUAUAUGCUCUAUGUAGUUGGUCCGUGCGCUUGCCGUUGGCUUCACAACCCCUCUUACUCUUUUCCUUCGUUUUCUGACGUCUCUCCGUGUCGACGGCGAGCCUCCGGCGGCAGAUCUUUAGCUACAAAACAGCCGAGUGUGCGCGUGAUUUUUCUCUUCCAUCUCUUAGGCCUGUUGUCCUCGUUCUCAUUGUCGUUGUUCGACGAGGAGACACUUUACGAGCCAUUUUUUUCACUCGGUCAAGAAUUAUCCGGAGGUAUUUAUACUUCAUUUUGUGAACGGUGCGUCGUCAAUGUGAUCACGUGUCUGUGCGUCUACCUGUGCGUUUGUUGAUAUCGAGCUUUAACGGGCUACGAGAAAUUGGCAACGUGCACAACGCUCGGGAGCAAUCCUCAAGGGGAGCUGCUGCGAGAACGACCCAUGUGCGGACCGCCGAAUUUACGAGUCUUCAAAUUCCCUCCAAAAAGUAAUAUCCCGACGCUUUUUUCCUGAGGCAAAAAUACGAGCCGGAACACACUCGACGACCUUUUAUCGUCAGUGGAAAAUCCAUGUUCGAACGUUUGAAAAUAUUUCGAUGGACUCCAGUGGGAACGGGAAUUUGUGAGAUAAAAUUCAAUCGCAUUUCAUCCAUUUGUGUAACCAGCACGAGGGUGCUGCGGGUAUUCGAUAAAAAUGUGGCUGCGGCAAGUUGUUCGCGGUUGAGCACGGGUAUAUCACUCGGCUCCCACGAACAAGUGAAUAAACGCGAUCACGUCCGACGGUACCGGUGUCCGUAAGCCGCAUAACAUUCGCCGUCAUCAUCCGCGCCGCGGAUAGGAGCGAAGCGGAGAGAGAUAUCGCGAGAGGAGAAUAAAGAGGAAAAGAGGAAGGAGCGCCGAGGGAGAAAGGAUCAGGGGACGACAAACAGGGAACAUCGCGGAGGGAGACUGCUGCGAUCGGGCGAGGGAGAACGCAUCAAAACUGUCCGACAGAGGACACGCGGUGAACGACGCGAAACGUUUCACAAACCGAGCAGGAGGCAAAGAGGAGAGAAGAAGAAGAAGAAGAAGAAGAAAAAGAAAGAGGGAGAGCGAGCGAGGCCAAUAAAAAGGAAGUGCAGCAGCAUCUCUCCUUUUGCUACGUGAGCCAGGACCAAGUUCGCCAUCUCUUCUUCGAGAAUGUGGAAUUGGCGAGGUAGCAGGACAGAAUGCUGAAGGAAGUCGGCUGCGGCAGCAGCACACCCCCACCGGGGGAUGGCACGCUCACCGGACGCCAAAUUGCCACCGAAGAAGGAGGUACCAAUAACGAUGCAGCACUUGCUUGCGGUGGAUGCGGCAGGGAGAUAGCAGAACGAUGGUACCUUAAAGCCGCUGAUCGUGCAUGGCACUGCGGCUGUUUACGAUGCUGCCAUUGUCGGCUACCCCUUGCCACUGAGUUGACUUGUUUCGCGCGGGAUGGCAAUAUUUACUGCAAGGAGGAUUACUAUCGACUGUUUGCUGUGUCAAGGUGUUCUCGAUGUCGGGCUGGUAUAUCAGCCUCGGAGCUCGUGAUGCGAGCUCGAGAUCUCGUAUACCACGUCGCGUGUUUUACCUGCGCCUCGUGUGGCGUGCCUCUCAAUAAGGGUGAUCACUUUGGCCAGAGAGACGGCCUUGUUUAUUGUAGGCCGCAUUACGAGAUCAUUUGUUGCGCGGCCGAUUACGGGAACACUUCGGGGAGUAUCGACGACAUUGGUUCACCGGGAGUGUCGCCGCUUCCGACUUACUACAGCGCCGCGGAGCAGAGUCCAGCUUCCGGCGGCGGCGGCGGCGGCGGCGGCGGGGUCCAGAAGGGACGUCCGCGGAAGAGGAAACUUUCGGAAGUGACAGGAUCCGAGCUUCCGGUUACGAUGAGGCUGGCCGCGGGAGCUUUGGAGUUGCUUCAUCCGAACGAAUUAUCGUCGUCGAUGGAGUCACUCGCCGCUUACGACGCGUCAGUCGGCUCCCCCGGACCCGUCCAUCAGAGUCAGCGAACGAAGCGUAUGCGAACGAGCUUCAAGCAUCAUCAGCUCAGAACGAUGAAGAGUUACUUCGGCGUAAAUCAAAAUCCAGACGCCAAAGACCUCAAACAGUUGGCCCAGAAGACGGGACUCUCCAAAAGAGUGCUUCAGGUGUGGUUUCAAAACGCUCGAGCCAAAUGGCGACGAAACAUGAUGAGGCAAGAGGGAAGCAGCGGAGGGAACGGCAUAGGUUGUCCUGGAACUCCGAUACCAUCGAGCUCGGUUGGCUCACCGAGCAUAGGUCCAAAUUCAGCGACGCUCGGCGACAGCAACAGCAUGCCAUCGACCUCGAUGGAGGAGCUACAUGCUCUUCAUCAUCUACACUCGGGUGUAUCGUCGCAGGUAUCGUUCUCCGAUCUUUACUGACGACGGUUCGAGAUGGAGGAAGAAAAUUAUUCCUCUCUCUCGAAUAAUCUCGCUUGAAAAAUAAGACACUGAUAUGGCCGCGUGCGCGUUCGUUGGACAAAAGUGCCCAUGAAACUCUUUUCUUUACUUUGUUUUCUCGUCUCCACCACGAGAACAUUACUUUUGUCCUGGAUUCCAAGAGUUCUCGAAAUUGAGAAAAUUCUCCGAGAACAUUGUCAAAAAAAGUGAUAUAGAAAUACGAUGAAUAUCUUCGAACUUAGUUAGCAAUGAGAGAAUGAAAUUUAAGCUAUUCGAUGGGCACGAAUUUUAAGAAAAAAAAAAAAAAACAAGAAACGUUUACCAUUUACAUUCAUAUUUUUUUAUAUUUUUUUGUUUAUACAAAUAUUUAUUUACCGAAAUUCUCACAGAAUUCAUAUUACAGAGCAUAUACUUGUUUGUUACGAUUAUUUAUCGAGUGUUUCCUACCGAAAGUAUUACCAUUCCGUUUUUAUACUUACUUUUCUCCCUCGUUUAAUCGACGACGAAAAACCUCCCUUCGUCGUGUAAAAAGAACGAAUAUUUUUCCUUCAACUAGUCACCGAAGUGAGCAGGAAGCAGUUCACUCGAAAAACUGUGGUCGCAAACGAAUCGCUUUGUACUGAAAAACGAAAAAGAUAACAGCGGAAAAACAGUCUCGGGAAUACAAAAGAUUUAUUUAUUAUCAGAAUGCGAAUUUAUAAUUCGUUAGGACUAAGCGUAAAUCAGUGAUAAUAACCAUAGUUCCAUGCACAUCCGAAUUACCAAAGUAUUAUAUAGACUAAUAGUUUCUAUAUAUUAUGUGAAUACGCGUUAAGGGGUAUACGAAACAAAUUAGAUUGUACAUAUAAUUCAUUGAGAGAAAAUUGAAAGCGACGAUUUACCUCGGAUUAAUGUUACGCGCGAUGAAAGUAUUGAGAAAACAACGACGAAACAUUAUAAUUCCAUUUGAAAUGUGAGAAAAACUCCUUGGUGCCAAGUAUUUGAAUUAUUUUGAGAAAGAAAGAAUUGUAGCCCGCCAACAGAACUAUUCCAUUUGCUAAUAAAGAGAACGGAUCAAAAGUUUAACAGUGGCAAAGCCACGAACUUUUCUCAAGAGUCAAAAAUCCUUUGACACCAAACCAGAAAAGUGGUCAUAAAUACGCAUAAAGCUUGUGUGUUGAGCUCGCACUGCUACCAGGAUCUGAACAUGUGAGCAGCGUACGAGUUGAUUGAUUUACAAAAGCGAAUGAAAAAGAAGGAAACGAACAAACGUAUCGGGCCGUAGGCAAUGAUGUAAUAUCUUUGUGUAUAGAUAAAAAUGAUUGUGCUACUAUUUCGAAUGAAAUUAUAUUAUUGUCUAUGGGAUUAAGAAUGCAGAAAAAGAUAUUUGUUUGGGGAGAUGACGAGUCUCCGAAAAUUGAA